CUGUUUCCUGCAAAUCUUGUUGCUGCAGCUUUCCGAACGUAUGCAACAGAAUACAAGAUGCUGCUCAGAAACACUACCUCUGGAAAUGUCACAUGGGAAAAGAUCCCUGUUGGUACUGAGAUUGAAGGGAUGAAUAUCCUGGGGCUGGUGCUGUUUGCUCUGGUUUUAGGAGUGGCGCUGAAGAAGCUUGGCCAGGAAGGGGAAGAUCUGAUUCGCUUCUUUAAUUCGUUCAAUGAGGCAACUAUGGUCUUGGUUUCCUGGAUCAUGUGGUAUGUGCCUAUUGGCAUUAUGUUCCUUGUUGGGAGCAAGAUUGUGGAAAUGGAAGAUGUUGUGCUUCUGGUGACCAGUCUGGGAAAAUACAUCUUUGCCUCUAUUCUGGGCCACUUCAUCCACGGAGGAAUCAUUCUGCCACUUAUUUAUUUUGCAUCCACACGUCAAAACCCAUAUCGUUUUCUCUUAGGGCUUAUCACACCACUUACCACUGCUUUUGCCACUUGCUCCAGCUCAGCCACGCUCCCGUCGAUGAUCAAGUGUAUUGAGGAGAACAAUGGGGUGGACAAGAGGAUCAGCAGGUUCAUCCUUCCUAUCGGGGCGACUGUAAACAUGGAUGGGGCUGCCAUUUUCCAGUGCAUGGCAGCUGUGUUUAUUGCUCAGCUGAACAAUGUCGAUCUCAACCCUGGGCAAAUCUUCACAAUUCUUGUGACAGCCACUGCGUCCAGCGUGGGCGCAGCCGGGAUCCCGGCCGGCGGAGUCCUCACCAUCGCCAUCAUCCUGGAGGCCAUCGGCCUGCCCACCAACGACCUCUCCUUGAUACUCGCCGUGGACUGGAUUGUGGACCGGACCACCACCGUUGUGAAUGUGGAAGGGGAUGCCCUAGGAGCAGGCAUCCUGAACUACCUGAAUGAAAAAGCAAAUAAAGACAAAGAGCAGGAGCUCAAGGAAGUCAGCGUAGAAGCAAUUGCCAACAGCAAGUCUGAAGGAGAAACAUCACCUUUGGUAACCCACAAAAACCAAGUCUCCAACACAUCCAGUACAGCAGACCCUGAAUCCAAGGAGUCAGUAUUGUGA